AUGAAGCUCCUGUACUCUUACAAGAGAGUGCAGAAGAUCAAGCUGAUCGGGACGACGUACAUGGCAGCCGUGGGCCUGGAACCAGGGAUCGAAGCGUACGUGGAUUAUCACGAUGACGAUGCCAUGGCCACGCGCAAUAGUUCAUCUAUGGUCGCCUUCGCCGUCGCCCUCAUCGGCCUCAUCAAGAAGCGCAAUCGGGAAGGCUACGAAAAUCUCAGUCUCAGAAUAGGUAACCGAAAUUAA